UCUUGAUAAGCCCACAUGUGCCCCAACCCCAACCCACAAGAUAAAAUGGACAUUUUCCAAAACCCACCAGUAGCCCUCGUGCGGCCCAGCCCAAGAAUUCUCAGCCCAACUCACCACCACCUUCUUUCUUCCAACUCAAUUAUGGGAAAAUUAUCAGUCCAAUCAUACCCCACCACGAAUUCUGGGAGCCGCCGCAAUCCUCCUCCCGUCCCCGCCGCCGGCCGCCGGCUGCCCGGAUCGCCGCCCCAGCCCGCCGCCCGCCGCGCGUUCCGCUCCCUCUCCAACCCCAACGAAACCCCAGGGGCACCCUCACCCCCCUUCUCCUCCCCUUUUACUGGGGGACCAGACAUGGAGAGCAGAAGGCAGUGGGGGAAGGCGCACCAGGAGGCGGUGGGCGGAGGCGGAGGCGGCGGUCACCGAGUGGAUCUAGAUGAAGAGGAUGACCUGGAGGAGUUCCGGCUGCCCAUGAGCCACCGCCCUACUGAGAACCUCGACACGGAGGGGCUUGAGCAGGCCUCUGUCCACACCCAGCUCACCGCGUCCAACGUCGGCUUUAGGCUCCUGCAGAAGAUGGGCUGGAAGACCGGCAAGGGGCUCGGCAAGAACGAACAAGGUAUACUAGAGCCAAUAAGAGCUGACAUCAGAGAUGCAAAAUUAGGUGUUGGGAAGCAAGAGGAAGAUGACUUCUUCACAUCUGAAGAGAACGUGCAACGAAAGAAAUUGAAUAUUGAACUUGAGGAGACUGAGGAACAUAUAAAGAAACGUGAGGUCAUAGCAGAGCGUGAGCACAAAAUCCGCAGUGAAGUCAAGGAGAUACAGAAGGUGUUCUUUUGCAACCUCUGCAAUAAGCAGUACAAGCUGGCUCAUGAAUUUGAGAGUCACUUGAGCUCAUAUGACCACAAUCAUAGGAAGAGGUUCAAAGAAAUGAGAGAAAUGCAGAGCAGCAGUGGUAGCCGUGAUGACAGGCAGAAACGUGAACAACAGCGAGAAGAGAAGGAGCUGGCAAAAAUUGCGCAACUUGCGGAUGCUCAUAGGAAGCAGCAGCAGCAGCAGCAUCAGGAGAAACAAGAAAAGUCAGAGACAGAAGUUGUUGCACCAAAAAACAUGGCAGCCCCUAGAAACCAGGAUCAGCGAGGAACCUUGAAGUUUGGAUUCUCCAAAAUGGCUCCUUCCAAGGUUCAAGUUGGCAAUGCCAGCAAGAAGCCAAAGGUGGCUACAAAAGUUUCUUCGGUCUUCGGCAAUGAGAGUGACGAGGACUCGUGAUCUUUGCCAGAGGGUGGUAGUGCUUCCAAGGAAAAAAACAUCAAAGGCCCAUGAGAAGUGAGGUGCCAUGUAUGUAUCACCUUCUGUUGUGCCACUGGCUUGGCCCCCUCUACAGAUCCUGGUGUCAUCUCAACAGCCUCAUGCGAACAAACUGGGACUUGAAAACAGCAUCAUGAAUUGUAUGAACUUUUGAGGGUACAUCGUACAAGGAAAUCUGUAUCGUUCUUGCUGUAUUUUGAAAGCUAUUUAUAGCCAUUCGUCCUUGUAGGCAGACAAUGCCCUUCAAUUUGGGACACACCUUUGUAGUCUGUACUAUCAUUGUUGGCUUUUAAUGUAACACCUUUGUAUUAGAUGCUACUGUUGAGUCACAUUUUGUCUGCCAAAGUUGGAGGUUUGCUGGGGAGCUUUUGUUGGUUGCCCUUCUCA